AUGGAGGACGCGCUGAAGCGGGAGUUGGGCACUGCGGUGCUCCGACCGACGGGGCAUUCGGGGGGUGGCUGCAUCAGCCAGGGCCAGAGCUACGACACGGACCAUGGCCGGGUGUACGUGAAGAGCAACUCCAAGGCGGAGGCCAGAAGGAUGUUUGAGGGAGAAAUGGCAAGUUUGGAAGCCAUCUUGAAAACACAGACAAUAAAAGUGCCUAAACCCAUCAAAGUUAUAGACCUGCCUGGGGGUGGUACUCUGUUUGCAAUGGAACACUUGGAAAUGAGGGGCUUAAACAGACAUUCAGCAAAGCUCGGAACACAACUGGCUGAUCUCCACCUUCAUAACCAGCAACUUGGAGAGAAGCUGAAAAAAGAAGAGAGCACAAUUGGUAAAGGUCAAGGGCAAAUGGAAGUCCAGUUUGUGGAUCAAUUUGGCUUUCAUACAGUUACCUGCUGUGGCUAUCUCCCACAGGUGAAUGACUGGCAAAACGACUGGGUGACUUUCUUUGCCAAGCAAAGAAUCCAGCCCCAGAUGGACAUGAUCGAGAAGAAUUCAGGAGACAGAGAAGCAAGAGAGCUUUGGGCACAGCUUCAGCUGAAGAUACCCAGCUUGUUCUGUGACGUAGAAAUUGUUCCUGCUCUCCUGCAUGGAGAUCUCUGGGGAGGAAAUGUGGCUGAGGAUGAUUCGGGACCAAUUAUCUUCGAUCCAGCUUCUUUCUACGGCCAUUCAGAGUAUGAGCUUGCAAUAGCUGGGAUGUUUGGUGGCUUCAGCAAUUCUUUUUACUCUGCUUAUCACAGUAAAAUUCCCAAAACUGCAGGGUUUGAGAAACGCCUAAAGCUUUAUCAGCUUUUUCACUACAUGAACCAUUGGAACCAUUUUGGUACAGGGUACAGAGGGUCUUCUCUAAACAUUAUGAGAAACCUUCUAAAGUGAAUUCCUGCUGAGGCAGAAUACUUGCUGUGUUGCUUGGAAAACCCCAGACUUGGCAGUGCAACUACAGUAGUAGUAAUGUUUAAAAAAGCUACUAGACCCUUGACCUUGUUGCACAGCUAAAGACCUAGAAUCAGUGAGUCUUGGUGAAUGCCAGGUGUAACUUAGUCAUCCCUGGGAAUAAUUUUAUGAGUGAAAUAUCAAAGGAAGGAGUUUGUUCAAUUGCACAAAAGAUCUGUCAGUGUCAAGAAAGCACUGAAUACUUUGAGAUAAUGCAAACCAAGCACUCAAGUACAAAUGAUUUGGGAGAAAUUCUGUCUUAGGGACCACUUGUGCUUCAGAGUAGAGAAAUACCAGAUGUUUUUUUUUGCAUCCUAAUGGAAAACUCUAGAGAAAUGUUUAUUAAAUGGAAAAUCACAUUUUUUUAGUUACUGUGGAGAUGGCUAAAAAAGUUGCUCCUUGCUUUUUUGCUGUUUCUCCCCCCUCCCCAACUUUCUGAUAGAUUGCUCAGACUCUUUGAGCUCCUCAUGUCAAGUUACAUGCAUGAGAACAAUAUUAACAAAAUAUUUAGAAAGUCAACCAGAAAAUUCUGGAAUAGGAGCUGUGAAAAAUAAUUUGGACUUGCUAUUGAUUAUGAUGAAGUGAUUCUAUUGGAUGGAGAGUGCUUCCUGUUCUGUUACAAAGCUGUGUGAAAAUACUCAUAAUUUUUUCUGGCAUGUGCAUUUUGGUGCCUGGUGGCAUUUUUAGGCUGCUUUGUGCUUGCCAGUCAGCAGGCUCUUAAC